AUGUCGAAUUCCACUAAAACGCGCGAUUCCGCUCUCAAUGCCAUUAAACGGUAUAUGGCAAAAAGUAUUGAUGAGGCAUUCACUAUGGAUGCAGAAAAUAUUGCAAGCUACCUUCAGUUAUUGAGUGAACAGUGGGUUCGUUUUAACGUUGCUCAAGACGCUGUAGAAAUUACGUGUGGUGCCGAUGUUAUUGAAAUUGAAGAAAAUGUGCGUAUCCAAGCCGAAACUUGGUACUCUACAGCUUCAGCUAACUUUAGCCGCGUGAAAAAUUGUCGUACUAAUUCGCAAGAUAGCUCCACAAAGGCAUCUGUGUCCACGGUUAUACGUUUACCGAAAAUGGAGUUGCCCACAUUCUCCGGUGACUCUACAGAAUGGAUUGGUUUUUUCGACGCGUUUUCUUCGUUAGUUGAUAAUAACUCUGCUUUAACAGAUGGACAAAAGUUGCACUAUCUCCGAAGCUGCUUGAAAGGUGACGCGUUGAAAAUUAUCAGUGGUUUUAAAAUAUGUGACGCAAAUUACGUUGAAGCUUGGGGUCUAUUAACAUCGCGGUAUAAGGUUAUUCGUGUAAUUGUGGAAUCUCAUCUUCGCGCGUUGGCUGAAAUUAAAAGAGCUACGCAUGACAAUGCUGACGCAAUCAAAGGUGUAAUUGAUGCGUUCCAACAGCAUAUUCGCGAGCUUAAAGCGUUGGGUCGUCCGAUUGAGUUUUGGGAUGAUUGGUUGGUACAUGAGGUCGUCAGUAAGUUGGCAUUCGAAACGCGUAAGCAGUGGGAGUUAUCGCUCGUUAGUGAUGAUCCUCCAUCUUUUGAGCAACUAAUAACAUUUUUAGAGAUAAGAUGCCGAUCGUUAUCGAUGUUUUCGUCGUCAACAACAUCAGUACCAAUUAAGGUUAAAACUGCAUCAUCAAGCAAGUCGACAAAUGUGUUCCACACGAUAUCAAAACAAAGUAACGUGUGUGCAUAUUGUAGUGGACCUCAUAAAAUUUACAGUUGUGAAAAAUUUCGUGAAUUGGACUUGUCUACAAAAUCACAGUUCGUGAAGCAAGGACACAUAUGCUUCAACUGCUUAAGUUCAGGUCACUAUAAAGACCGUUGUAACAGUGCUUCCACUUGCCGCAUGUGUAAACAACGUCAUCACACUCUGUUGCACGGUGCUUUGCAGUCAACGACCGUUACCGCAGUGAACAAUUACGCGACGCAUUCGUUAUGUGCUGCUGACGCCACAUCAAAGGUAAGCGCAAAAACUUGUGAAUUUCCAGCAAGCGUCGACGUUCCACGCGUUUCUUCAUGCUUGAACUCGAGCUCCAAUCCACCCAUAGCUGUAGAAAGAGUUGUGCUGUUAUCCACCGCAUUAGUGAAGGUACGCGACUGUUCUGGUAAUUGGCAGCCCGCACGUGCACUUUUCGAUUCUGGAUCACAUGCUUCCUUUGUAACCGAAGCGUGUGUGCAACGCUUAGGCCUGCCGCGAUCAACAUCUGAAGUAAACAUUACUGGAAUUGGGUCAGCGCAAGGAGGACGAGCUAGAGGUGAAGUAUCACUUUCUCUUUCUUCUUUCUCUACAAAUCAAUGCUUUACUGUCAAAACGUUAAUUCUGUCUAAAAUUACAAGCGACUUGCCAACACAGACUAUAGCUACUUCAUCGUGGCCACAUAUCCGAGGUUUGUUUUUAGCCGAUCCCCAUUUUAUGAAGCCUGGACGGGUCGAUAUAUAG